GUAAAUAUUAAUAAAUAAAAUGUCGGAUCAACUAAAACAAAGACUAUGUCUCGUAUGCGGAGAUGUUUCGUGUGGAUACCACUUCGAAGUACUGACGUGUGAAUCGUGUAAAUCGUUUUUCCGCAGAAAUGCGCUGAAAAAUGCGUGCACUAUAACUGUGAAGAAUCGGAAAAAGUGCAAAAAGUGUCGUUUGGAUAAAUGUUUGGCUGUGGGAAUGAAAAGUAGUUUAAUAUACAAUGAGAAACGCAAAGAAAUCCGAAGACAUAUUGUCGAAGAGAACCGACAAAAGCGUCAAAUGAUAGCCGAGAAGACACGAGAGGUGGCCGUCGACUCAAACACUAGUUCCUCGUCUGAUCACAGGAAUAAUGAGACAAUCAUUUCGUUUGACUCUUUAGAUGUGAAUAGUUUUGCCGAAGAGUUGGUCGCCAAUGAGUAUACAAAGUCUGACGACUUAUGUAUGUGUCAUAAAAGUAAGACAAUUACCAAUCUGGAGGACGAGUGGCAGCAAACGACCAGUGCUCUCGUGAAUCCGAUCACCGAUACUAGCAAUCAAUUCAAUGAAUUAGAAAGCAAUCGAUUGACUGAAUUGUUAAAUGCAUUGCAGAAAAUGCAAAUCUAUUCAUUUAAUAUGACUAAAACAAAGGACCCUACUCAUUUAAGGGACUCGCAUGAGGCCUGGGUCAUAAUUAUGUCGCAGAAUGAACGAGCUAUACAAGAGGUUGUGAAUAUGUCGAAAUGUCUGCAAGGAUUUAAUAAUCUGUGCGAAAACGAUAGGAUUAUAUUAAUUAAGUACUCGUCUAUUGAAAUCGAUAUCUUAAGAAUGAUUAUGUGUUUUGAUUUUGAGCAACAAGCGUUUAGAUGA